CUGCCCACUCCUCUCUCCGGACUGUUUUAUGAAGUUUGUAAGGAUUACCGGCGCCGAAUGAAGCGAGUUAUAUUCAACAGUUCGACAGCCCGACCCAGUCAUGUGACAGAGUUGCUGUGGCAACGACGGUUGUUUCACCGUAGUAAUGUUAGGCAGGCUAAUUCACGUUAGCAAGUCAGUGAUAUUUUAACUAAUGAAGGCCAGCGGACAGCUGCGUGGUGGUUUUCACCUCUGAUUGUCCAUCAUUUUGAGACAGGCAGCGACAGAGACACUGGGUAACGUCAGGUAAUAGAUAGUUAAGUAGGCUAGCUUUGUGAAUGGCUUGCUAGCAGCCAAACUUUGCAGUGAUCUCGAGCUGGAGUUGACUGGUUAAUUGUCAGGCUAAUGAACAGCACUAACUGGAUGAAUAACAUCUGUCAACUCUGUUGACUGCGUAACAGUAGAUAUGAUGCUGCAGGAUGGGUCAACGCAGCUCCUCUGCCUCACAGCCAGCAGCGGUGUCCCCUUGUUCACGAGAGGAGCCUCCAAGCAGCUCCCUUUCUCUGUCAUCGGCUCUCUGAACGGAGUCCACAUGUUCGGAGGAGGCCAGGGAGUUUUACUGUCCAGCUGUGAGACUGAGCGUGGGGGCAAAGUGGUGUGGAGAGUCUUCCAGGACAGCGUGAUGCUCAUCGCUGUGAACGGCGGACAGGGCGGCGGGGGAGGCAGCAGCAGAGGGGAGGAGCUGUCUUUGCAGCGGCUGUUGGAGAACGUGUGGAGCAGCAUGGUGCUGGUGCUGGGGCAGGAUGAGCUGGCCAGCGUGAGGAACGUGGAGCGGCUGAAGAGAGACCUGCGCUCCUGCUUCAGCCUCAUCGACCAGCUGCUGGAGGAGAAGCAGGAGGGCAUCAUGGGGAACCUGACGCACUGUGCCGACUGCCUGGUGCCACCCAACCCCACUCUGCUCCAGGAGGCGGUGGAGAACUUCACACAGGCUGCCGACAGUGAGUUUGGUUGCCUCAUGGUGCACGGGCGGAUUGCUGUAGCGACUGAGAAGUGGUGGCGCCUGGCACCGCAGGAAGUAGUGCUGCUGUCUGCUUUGAUGCGGUCCCUCUCAGCCUCUGGUUCAGCCUCGUGCGACUACCCGGUGUUCCUCCCUCAUGGCAGCCCCACUGUGGCCCACCGGCUGCUCCGCUUCCAGCUGCUCCCGGGUGCAGAUGUGUGCGUCCUGUGUGGCCCCACGCCCUCCCUCCUCAGAGCUGAGACCACGUUGGUGGGGCGUUUCUGGUUACCACUGGCAGACACCCUGAGAGAUUGUCUGGCUGUCGGGGAGCGCUGCCUACCAGGAUCUGUAUCCCUGCGCCCUGAUGUGCUGGCACUACUUCUCAUCAACCGUGAAACCCGUCGCUCCGUCUCCUGUGUGCGGGCCUCCAGUGACUCCUCUGUACCCUCCAGGGCUCGCUGCUGGGAGCUGCUCAAACUCUUCUACAUCUUCAGCACCACACGCUACUUCAGCCAGGAGGAGACACUGUGUGUUUCCCCAGAGGAGAAGCCUCAGAGAAGCAGCUGUGAAGAUUUUGCCCCUGGUUUCUCCCACCAGCCACUGCAGUGCUACCUGGUCACAGAGGAGUGUAAAUGCUACACCCUGCAGACUCCUCAGCACCAGCUGUUUCUGCUCACCCCGCUCUCAGUACCCACCUUUGCCCUCCGCACGGUGGCUACACACACACUCUCAGCCAUCACUGCUGCCACUGGGUUUUAAACCAUCCUCAUUAAGCUUACCUGGCAUCACUUAAUCACACAAGCCUUAAUUUGGGCUUUUCUGUUUACUGUCUUUAUUGAUCAUUUCAAUCAGGCAAAAUUACUUGAAAAACUGAUCCUGGACCAAAAGAAAAAAAUCUUGGUCCAUCUGUCCUAAGGACAAUUUGAGUGAUUAUCAGAGGACUGGAGAGAUGAAAUAAGUAGUAUUGCUAUUGAUUUUCUGAACAUAUGAAAUCAUUUGAAGUGAUUUCAUACUCAAGACAUCAUUUGAGGGAAUAAGCCCUGAAACCUGUACAAUGUUGAAAAUGUUAUAACAAAGUGAGGUUUUGCUUUAAAUUGUGUUUUGCAUUGAAGAAAUUGUAACUACUGGACAAUUUUGCCCUCAUAAUCACAGCCGGCCUUUCAUGGCCUCAACACUGUCGCUGUAAUAAGGUCACAGUGCUGCUCAGACCUCCGUCCAAAUGCCUAGAUGUUCCUCAUGUAAGUUAUAACCUAACCACUGGGACUGCACUGUCUCACAAUGUAUACUUGAUGAUUACAACUGCUGUUGGAGAAGCAAAACAUACACUGGGAUAGUUUGAAUCCUCUUUGGCCUCAUAAAGCUGAUAAAUUUGACUGAAUUGUGAUACUGGCUCAAGUUGGUCUGUCUGUGACUAUUUUUAAAAAUGUUGUAAUGUUUUGUUUCUUUUCUUGAGACCACACAACGUUCUAAUUUUCAUUCAUUAAAUAUACUUGGGUACAUCCUAAGA